GUUUUAUGUCAUACAAUAUAUAAUAAAGGUAAUCUGAAACCAAAUGGCUGUAAGAGCUGCACUUGCUUUAUUCAUUGUUUGUGGUUCAAUAUGUAUCUAUUCGGGUUUCGCAAGUAUAGAUCUUGGAUCUUGUCAUCUUUCGUGUGAUCAAAACGAGGACGGAGCAAAUGAAAAUCUUGGAUUUCCUAGAAGGGCUGUCGGCCCUCCGGGAAAAGCCGGAAAAAUCGGCCAAAAGGGAGAUCGUGGACUUCCUGGUUUACCAGGGCCUACAGGAGAACCGGGACUUCCUUGCCGUUGCUCUGAAUUUGAUGUUGUGUCAAGGAAAAUAGAAUCGCUGGAAACAAAAUUAUCUGUCUUCAAGAACUUGGUGACACAUUGGACUAAAGCUAGCAACGGUUUCUGGUAUCGACUUUUCGACGAAGCAAAGAGUUAUCCAGAUGCAAAAGAAAGCUGCUUAUCACACAAUGCUAGACUUGCUUCGGCGGGGAUAAGGGACGCAACUGUCCGGCAGGAACUACAAAAUGGAAUAUUGGCUUCAAUUUCAAACUGCUGGAUCGGACUGGAUGACGUCACACAAGAAGGACGAUUUAUUUGGUCGGAUAAUGUCGAUGACUUAACUGUUGAUCAUUCCUUAUGGUUAUCUGGAGAACCAAAUAAUGCGAAUGGAGCAGAAGAUUGCGCUGUGGUAUUUAGACAAAAUAACAGAUUGUACCUAAAUGAUGGAAACUGUCCAUAUACCACAAAGUAUUUGUGUGAAAAAAUAAAAGCAGAAAAUAUGGAGAAAUUAAUAUUAUUUAAAAUCAAAUUUUUAAAACAAAUCAUUUCAUCAUAAUAUCAUAUACCGAAACUGAAGACCGUUUUAACAUAGCAUUAAACACAAACAUUUCUCUCAAAUCAGGGCUGGAUUUCGACAAUGAGUCCUAGUCUAGGCCUAGGGUGGCGAGUCCCUGUCCCGCGGGUCACAAGCUCAUGUUUUUCCUUAGACCCGCCGAGUUACGAAUUGAUGCAAGGAACAUAGUAACAUGUAAGCAAUAAAAUCAAUAAUAAAACACGCCUUGAUUCAAUCUAACAAUAAGUGAACUAUAUCUGUAUGCAUCUCCUGACAACAAUGUUGUAACAAUGUUUAUGGCAUAACAAUAAAAUUGAUCUGUUCAUUUCUCGCAAUUUCUCUUGUUACAGCGGUUCUCUUUCGGAGAUACAUGAAUCAAAUAGGGCAGCAGAACGUUUUUAGUGUAAUUGGAACGAGCUCAUACUUUGUAGUUUAUUCCUUUCCCGCUUGCAAUGCCGUAUGGAAAACCA